CUCUUUGAACCAGGUCAAAAUAUUUUCAUAGGGUCGACAUGGCUUGCCAAAAGACUCUAUUCGAGAAGCAAAUUCUUGACCUGUACGACCAAAUAUCUAAACUCAAGAGCCUUAAGCCUUCCGAAAAUGUAGACACCUUGUUCAGACAGCUCAUGUCCACGUGCUUGCCGACGGAGACAAACAUCGACGUCAAGAAGAUGUGCCCAAAAUUCCAAGCCAUCAGAACCAAUCUCAUCAAGCUACGUAGUGAAGCCGAAGGAUUUUCGGAGAAACACUUCUCCACGAUCUUAGGAUCUGUCGAAGACAACCCACUUCACCAUUUAGAUCUCUAUCCUUACUACACAAACUACCUCAAACUUAGUAAGGUCGAGUUCGAUCUCCUCACGCAACACACGAGCCAUGUCCCGACGAAGAUCGCUUUCAUCGGUUCCGGUUCUAUGCCCUUAACAUCCGUCGUCUUGGCUAAGUUUCACCUCCCAAACACGACGUUUUACAACAUCGACAUCGAUCCUCAAGCCAAUUCCCUUGCUUCCUGCCUUGUCUCACGCGAUCCCGACCUCCCCAAUCGCAUGAUCUUUCACACAACGGAUAUACUCGAUGCCACGGAGAUUCUACGUGGCUACGAUGUCGUUUUCUUGGCAUCUCUUGUUGGGGUGGACAAAGAAGCCAAAGUCAAAGUCAUUGAACACUUGGAGAAUCACAUGGCUCCUCAAUCUCUUCUCAUCCUUAGGAGUGCACGAGGCCUUAGAUCUUUCCUAUACGUAGACGUUGAUCCUUGCGAUCUAAAAGGUUUCGAGGUCUUGGCGAUUUAUCACCCGUCUAUGUCUGAUGGCUUUGUGAACUCCGUGAUGGUCGCACGCAAACUCAAUGAUUGAUUGAGUGAGGUAUAUCGGGAGUCGAUCAUUAAAUUCAUAAUAAACAAGGCAGAUGAUGAUUUCCAUCAUGAUCAAGAUUACGAAAUUAGGUCAAGAUUGGAGCCGUUACUUGUGGAACAAGGGAGGCUUCCCUCAUGACUCAUGAGGGUCACACUUCCUCGUUCAAAAUUAUUAUAUAGUUCUGUCUUUUGUUAUUGUGUAUGUGUUGGACCAAAUCUGUAUUAGUUGCUGUGUUUCUCUGUCUCUCUCUCUCUCUGCUUAUUAUUAUUAUGAUGUAUUGAUGUCUCUGUAUCAUACUCGGUUUGAACGUUUCCAUAUAGCAGUUAACUAACUAGCCCAA